GGCGUGGUAUGUCCAGAUGUCCGUGCUCCCAGUGAAUGAACAUCGUCAAUUCCUAUCAAAAUCGCGCCUUGCGCCACGAUUUUAAUCCGCACGCGUUGAAUCUAAUCGUGUGAUAAGCGCAGCGUCUACCAACAAUGUCGACGUGUUGACGCCGGCGAUCGCUAUUACACUAUACCUGCUUAAAUGUGCGCGAUGUGCGCCGUGUCGGCCUAACAAGUUGCGGUAUUGACAAUGUCCGCUCGGCACGACGCGAAUCGACGUAGGUCGGGCUAUGACAUUGUGGUGGUCGCGCCGCGAGCAUCCUAGGGCGAAUCCGGCGGUGAAUGUGGGGUGCGCUCCUGAAGAUCUUCGCCAGCAAGCCGAGCCAGGGCGAGGGCGAGAGCGAGCACGCCUCGACCUCUAGCAGCGACAUGGACACCGCGCGCUCUUCGUCUGACAUGGACGUGCUCGAGCACGAGUCGAAACAGGCGAAGCAAAGAGCCUCAGUGAAAUGGCUGCUUUCGAAGGCGUUCAAUAACAAAGUGCCCGACAACCUCAAGGAGCCCUUUUAUCGAGAUCAUGAAAACCAAGAGCACCUCAAGCCGCAGAUCGUCGGGGCACUCGCCAACGCCGAGAUGUACUGUCUGGCGCUGGGCAACAUCUACUCGGAUCCCAACUAUCACAAUCUUAAUCAUUGGUCCAUCCUGCAGACGCUUUCGCGCAAAGGCGUUUUUGUCAACGAUCCAAAUGAGAUUACCGAGACGACUCUCAUACAAACAAAUCCACUUCGGAUGAAUGCUCAUAUGGCUGUGGUGGAAUCAAUAAUGGUUCUGUACGCGAAAGAGGUGGUGACCGCCGAUAGGGUAAUGGCGGCGGUGCAACGCUUCAGUCACGACCGCUCGACCCUUCUAAAUCAACCUGACAACCAUCUCGAGGGUUUACUGCACUGGGUCAAUCACACUAACGAAGCGCUCGCGAAGAAAAUGGAACAGGAGGGUGAGCGCUUGACGAACGGCGAUGGAAAACCGAGAAAGUUUGAAAUACCGAUGGCGAAGGACCUCAAGGAUUUAUGUGAUGGCGCCGCGCUUGCUGGUUUGAUAUCGUACUACUGCCCUGACGAGCUGCCCACUAGCGAGAUGCGCGUUUCCUAUGUGCCCACCGUUGCGGACAGCCUGCACAAUCUCGGCCUGGUGCAGGAUUUUUGCGCGCGAUGUUUACCAACGUCCGUGUUUCAUAUGCUACCGGAAGAUAUUACGUACAUGCGAGGAGCGAUGAAGCAAAAUCUGAUCGUGUUUCUCGCCGACCUGUUCAACCUGCUCGAAAUUCAUCCGGUGAAAUGCGUACGUUAUCCUGGUAUGGAUCGGAUGCCCGCCGUUAUAAGAACACCAACGCAUCAGCCAUUGCGUAAAGCCAACUCACUACAGCAGAGUGUGUCUGACAUGAGCGUGGACAGUUUGCGCCGCGCGCCUGAAGAGUCCUUUGUGGUACAUCGCGUGAAAAACAUCCCAACGCUGAGUUCGAUGAUACAGGAUGAACCACAGGCGCCCGUGCGCCUGCACGCCAACAAAGAGAAGCUGAAUCACGACACGAAAGCCGACGAACGCGGCGAUAAUGUCCCAGCGGGACGCCCUAGCAAUUGGAAUGAAAAUAAGCGCACGUUUGCUGGCCGCCGAUCGAGGCGCAAUUCUACCUCGGACGAUUCACAACUUACAAUAGAGAAUUUCGGUGGUAGUCAAGAUAAUCUCAACUUCAUCGGGAGAAAUCCUGAUAAAGAGGUAGGUGCGCAUGUUGGUAGGAAGAUAUCAGCGCCAUCGAUGGCAAUGCCAGUGCCCAUCGAUAAUCCUGCGGUGCGGUCAACGCUACAGGACGCGCGAGGGUCUUUCCAGCUGGGAUUCGACAAUGGUUGCGAAAAGCACGAGACAGAGGUAGAGAAUUUUAAAUUGAAGCGGCAGUUGAGCAGCGAUGACAUUGCCAUGCGGAAUAUCAUGCACGAACGCAACAAGGAGAAUAUUCUACAGGAUGUGGUUGAUGCUGAUGUACAGAAAAAGUUUAUUGGUGGUACACAAACGGUUUAUAUGCAACACGAAAAUGACACGCCUUCUAAGUCGAGUUUCCUGAACAAAAGCAACACCUCCAAUGGCGGCGAAAAGAAAACAACGACUUUUGCAACGCUACCAAAUACAACCACGUGGCAACAGCAAAGUACUAAUUCGUCGCAGUCUGCAAUGGAUGGUGAUGAUGCCAAGGGUGAUCAAUUGGUAUCGCCGCAGCUGAACGACAUCCGAAUGCAGCUGGAGGAGAAGCGGCGACAGAUUGAGAAUGAAAAGAGGCGCGUGGAGAUGGCGAUGAACAAGCAGCGGCAGAAGGUCGGCAAGGCCGCCUUCCUGCAAGCGGUCGUCAAGGGUAAAGGUGGUUUAGUUAAGUCGUCCUCCGAUGUGAUGGUAGAUAGUUUAAUGACGACUGGUGGUUCGGAACCCACCAGUCCCACCGAUACGGCGUGCUCCAGCGCCGCCAAACCCGAACGUCCGAUAUCCUUCAAGGAUAUAUCUGAUGAAGUGUCAGCGGUUGAAAAGAAGUGGAUGGAUCCUGAUCAACCCUUUUAUGAAACGCGUCGGACCCCGGACAUGGAAAAUAUGGAUGUCGAAACGUAUCAACAGUCCAUCUCACACAUGAAUUCUAGUCUUCACGAUAUUCAGGCCGAUAUACAAAAAUUAGUCUCACAGCAAAACCAAAUACAACUAGCGCAACAACAGCAAUUUCUGCAACAGCAGCACAAGCACCUGCUGCAACAACAGCAGCAACAACAAGGCUUCCACCAUCCUGCGGCGCCAUCGGCCUACUCGCAAUCCCCUUACCACCAAUAUCCAACACAGCCACAGCAGCCGAUUUAUAAUAACACGCUGCAGACGAGUACUAGCGCUCCGCACAUCCCCCCACGUAGCGUCUACCACCAGCCGCGUGUCCCACAGCCCGAACCACAAUUCUUCCUGCACAGCCAGCAAGAUUCACCCAUACCGCCGGCGGUGCCACAACGUCGCACCUGGGCACAACAGGCGCAAAUGCCACCCGUGUCCGUUUCAAAUGACCCACCUUAUCAGCACUCACCUCCUCAGCCCGAAAUGCGUACAUGGGGUAAACCACAAAAUCCCGCCGGUUUUAUGCUUCACGACGUCGAACGCUCGCGCGAUAACGAUCGCUUCCAUGACAAUCGGUAUCAUAACGGCGGUGGCGGCGACGUUAGCAUGAAUCAUAAUACCUCCGCCUCUAAUACUGGCUUUACGCUCAGCCAGCAGCAUCAAUUGUUUUCUGGUUCACAUCAUAGUACGCCGAGCACGUCGCCACAGCAUCGCCAACACCGCCAGAUCUCGCAACUGCUCGACUCAAAGCGCUCCUCGCCGAUAUCCCUCCAGAACAUGGAGCCUCAGCGACCUGAACGCGAGCGCAAGAGUAACAUCAUGCACGCUCCGAUACCUGCGCCUCCCGCGGACGAUAUGGAGCCACAGAGCAUAUCGUUCAUUGCCAACCCCGACGACCAAGCGGCGGAAAGCCUCAGCCGCCUGAAUAUCACCUCUGGUAGUCGGACGUAUCGGAUACCAUCGCCGACGAGGCCGCUGAUCACGCGCCACUCGUUUCAACCAGCCAGCGCUGAGCGAGUUGAACGUGUGGAACGCGUCGAUUCUGAGCCGGAGCCCGCCGAAGAGAACAACAUCGACAACAAUAAAAAGGGUUUCUAUAUUAGCUUCGACAACGAACAGCCGAAACGGCCCAAGCCGCCGCUACGCACCAAGAAAGGCAACUCGCCGAAAAAGGAGCGCAGCUAUGUCGAAGAUGCAGACAUGGAGGCGGAGCGUCGGGCGCAAGCCGCUGAUAAGCAAGAGCGGAAGCUGCAGUUGGAGCGCGAGCUCGAGCAGGAGCGGCUGAAGAAAGAGGCCGACGAGCGGCGGAAACAACAUCAGGAAGCUCUCGCGGCGCGGGAAACUACUAGUCAGGAAAGGGAACGAGUCAAUGCUGCCUCUGCCAUAAUUAUAGGAAACGAUCUUAGUAAUCCGGAUCCGGAAAGUGUUGACGAACUGGAACGUAAAAAAGAGCGCAUUCUAAUGAUGUCGCUGCAACGGCGACAACAGCAAGAAGAGAGCAGGGUGCGCAAGGAAGCCGAAAUGCAGGCGCGUCGCGAGAAGGAAAAGGCCAAGGAUGAGGAAAAACAGCGACGGAAAGAGGAGCAGGCUGCGCGGCGGCAGGCAAUUCUCGAACAGCACAAGAUGAAGAAAGCAUUCGAGGAGGCCGAGCGAGAGGGUAAAGAAGUUGAUAAAUCGUUGCUCAAUGCGCUGAAACCCAGCGGCGGGCCAAAGUUACGCGGCAAAACCACCGGCAGACCGCGACCGAAGACCAUUCACAUUGAUAGCGGUAGCGUUGAAAUGGCGGAGGGUAUGCUGCAACCCGCACGGGGCAAAAAGGGCUCCAGCUCCAAUUUGACUGCUAACUCGUACACCCCGUCGACAAUGAAACGAGAUUAUUACAGAGGUUCACAAGACAGCUUAGCUAGUAGUGGAUUAUUAUACAAAGAUUCCCCUGAUGAUAGUCGUGGCAUGUCGCCGUGUCAUAGUGCCAAUCAGACCCUGGGACGUCGCAGUUCAUACAAGACAUCUCGAGACCCGUCACCGGCUCAGACCAGAGGACGCUCUAAGUAUGCUACUUAUCAAAACUUUAAAGGUCGCAAGUCAAACUCUAUGAUGAAUUUGUACGGAUCGAGUACCGAUCAGGACAGCUACGCGUAUCGCUACGGUGACACCGACAGCGGGCUGGGACGCGCAACCCCACCACGAAGAGCACCCUCGCCCGGAAUGGGACCAAUGCGACACCUUACGUCACCCUCGGGUCCCGGCAGUCUGCCUGGCAUGAUGACGAAGCGACGUUUCGACGACGGAUCCAGCGAUUUGAGCUCGACUAGUAGUAUGAUGGAUUACACAGGUCCAAGAUUGUAUAAGCAACCAACGACGAAAUCCAAUCGGGGAAUAAUGUUGAACGCUGUGGAAUACUGCGUGUUUCCCGGAGUUGUGAAUAAGGAAGCAAAGAGUCGUGUUCUCGAGGAAAUCGCGCGCUCGGAGAGUAAACAUUUCCUGAUACUCUUCCGCGAUGCCGGUUGCCAAUUCCGCGCGUUGUACUCGUAUUGCCCAGACCGCGAAGAAGUUGUCAAACUUUACGGCACUGGCCCGAAACAAGUUAACGACCGCAUGUUUGAUAAAUUUUUCAAGUAUAACUCAGGCGGAAAAUGCUUCGCGCAAGUUCACACGAAACACCUCACAGUCACUAUCGACGCGUUCACGAUCCACAACUCGCUGUGGCAGGGUAAAAAGGUCAACCUGCCGAGCAAAAAGGACAUGACGCUCGUCAUAUAGUAGCGCGAUUUGUUUUUUUCUACUACAUACUUCUGCUAUUCAACAUUACUACCAAAUACGCCGCCGUCUGCGUGACACGUUUAAUGAAUAUUAAAACAAGCAAACAUUUGUUAUCUAGCGAAAUGAAGCAACAAAAAAAAAACUACUAAUGUAUUUUGAAUUAAUCUUUUCUUUAAAUGGAUGCGUUUUAAAUAGUGGCGCGGGCGUGGUUUUAUAUUCACGUGUCUGAUGAUUUUUUAACGAAACAUAUUUAUUUCUUUUAUCGCUCUCUGUUGGAUUACGAUCGUUCACGUUCGUAUUACGUUUUGUUCGGAUAGAUUUGUUUUCGUAUUUUUUAUCGCUCUUGUCGCAUCAUUGUCUCACACGAUUCUAAUAAUAUUGAAUAAUGAAAAUGUCCAUAAAUGAACAAUAAAUUAUGUAAAUCUCUUAGUGUCAUUCCAUACUAAUAGUGGCUGUAUAUUCUUUGUUAAUUUAUUAUCUCGUUUCCGGUUCGAUGCCGACGUGGUAUGAUGCUGUUCUUGAGCCGACAAUUAUUGUUUUUCCUUUACUGGGCGGGCAAGCGAUAUUUUGUGGCGCGCCGUACGCUUAGGUGAUGAAUUUUGUUUUACGUAUUUCUGAUUUUGCGGAAACCUUUACCAAAAUUCGAACUCAAAAUCAUUUCUCGAGCCGAUUGUAAUUAGAAAUGCAUUCGAAGCGUAACUAUUCGGAACAAUUGUUUUGCGCUCGAUCUAAUCGAUGUUAUAAACAAGAAUAUUCAUAAAUAUUUUAAUAAUUUAUGCUAAUAUUAUGCGUUAUCAUAAAGUUUAAUAAAGUCAUCUAAUUUUAAUCGAC